AGAAGCAAUUAAAAGGCAAAAAGCUGAGGAAGAAAGAUUGAAAGAAGAAGCAAUUAAAAGGCAAAAAGCAGAGGAAGCAAGAAAACAACAACUAUUAAAAUUGAAACAAGAAGAAGCAUUGAGAAAACAAAGAGAAUUGGAAAGAAAAAAAGUCGAUUUAGCAAGAACAGAACAACAAAUAAAAAAUAUACUAGAAUCUAAUAUGGUGAAAAUAAUAAAACAAGAACUAACAAAAGAAAAAGAUGAAAUAAUAAAAAACAGAGAUAUAAAUCUCAGACAUGGUUUGGAAGAAAAAUGGUUAAAUCAUAUACAAAAUAGUUUGUUGUUAAAAGUGGAUAACUUAUUAAAUAAAAGUGAUGAGUUCAUAAGAGCUCAUGAAACACAAAUGAAAACAAAUAUAUUAAACUCAUUAAAAAAUAAAUUAAAUAUUGAAUUGAAAAAGGAACUUAAUGUAAUUAUAAAUGAAUACGAAGAAAGCCAGAAAAAAAUAAUGCAAUCAAAUCAACGUGAUAAUCGUGGUAUAGAGCAAACAACUGAAAAACUCGUAGAUAUUAAACCUACAAAUCAUGGUGAACUAAAUACAAAUAAUCCUUCUGAUAGUGAAACUGAAAUGCUGACAAAUUCAGGAGAAACAGGAGAGAAAGAAGAAGAAGAAAAAGAAGAAAGAGAAGAAGAAAAAGAACCAGAAAAAGAGUCAGAAACAGAUGAUACUCAUAGUUCGGAAAGUACUACUGAUGAUGAUACCGAUGAUCAAAGAUUUUCUCGAUCAAAGAAUUUGAAUGUCGUUAUAUACACAGCAGGAAGUAUAGCUGUAUGUAUGUUAAUAUUCUCUAGUGUAGGAUUAUUAGUUAUGAAGAAUAAUAAUGAUGAUAACAAUUCAAAUGUAAUGGAUGAAGCAUUUGAACAUAAUGAUGAUAUUCUCUUUAAGGAGAAGGAAGAAAUCAUUGAAAUCACUUUUAAUGAUAAUGAUAGUACAAUAUAA